UGCCUCAACAUGUGUGGCGGAUAAAUUUGGAUACUCCAGAGGAAGCUCAUCAAAACCUCUCUUUUGGCGCGGCGGAUCGCUGGUGGGAGCAAACAGAUCUGACCAAGCUGAUACUCGCCUCAAACAAACUGCAGUGCCUUUCAGAGGAUGUCAAACUUCUGCCUGCGCUCACUGUUCUGGAUGUGCAUGAUAAUCAACUGACAACGCUUCCUUCUGCUUUAGGACAAUUAGAAAAUCUUCAGAAACUUGAUGUCAGCCACAACAAACUGAAAACUAUCCCAGAAGAGUUGAUGCAGUUGUCACAUUUGAAGAGCCUUCUUCUUCAUCACAAUGAGCUGAGUCACUUGCCGGAUGGAUUUGGACAGCUUGUCAAUUUAGAAGAAUUAGAUCUGUCCAACAACCAUCUCACAGACAUUCCAACAAGUUUUGCUUUGCUCAUUAACUUAGUGCGACUCAGUUUGGCUUGUAAUCAACUCAAGAGCCUGCCUGCAGAUAUCAGUGCAAUGAAAAGCUUAAGACAACUGGAUUGUACUAAAAACUACCUGGAAACUGUACCUUCUAAAUUAGCAACUAUGGCAUCUUUGGAACAACUUUAUCUGAGAAAAAAUAAAUUACGUUCCUUACCAGAAUUUCCCUCAUGCAAAUUACUGAAGGAAUUACAUGCUGGUGAAAAUCAGAUUGAAAUACUAAAUGGAGAGAAUCUGAAGCAUCUGAAUUCCCUCUCUGUAUUGGAACUUAGAGACAACAAGAUAAAAUCAGUUCCUGAUGAAAUUACUCUGCUUCAGAAGCUGGAGCGACUUGACCUCACCAACAAUGAUAUCAGUAGAUUGCCUUACACAUUGGGGAACCUUCCUCAGUUGAAAUUCCUGGCAUUAGAGGGAAAUCCUUUGAGAACCAUUCGAAGAGACCUUCUGCAAAAAGGCACCCAGGAACUUCUGAAAUAUCUAAGAAGCAAAAUGCAAGAUGAUGUAACUAGACCAAAUGAAGAGCCUCCUGUGACAGCCAUGACUCUUCCAAGUGAGUCAAAGAUUAAUAUGCAUGCCAUAACUUCACUAAAAUUAUUGGAAUAUAGUGAGAAAAAGGCAGUUGUGAUUCCUGACGAAAUGUUCAAUGCAGUCAGAAGCAAUCCUGUCACCACCGUCAACUUCAGCAAGAAUCAGCUGAAUGAAAUUCCUCCAAGGAUUGUGGAGCUGAAAGACUCGGUUUGUGAUGUCAACCUUGGCUUCAAUAAAAUCUCAUCUAUUUCCUUGGAGCUUUGCAUGCUCCAUAAAUUGACACAUUUGGAUAUCAGAAAUAAUUUUUUGACAUCUUUACCUGAGGAAAUGGAGGCACUGACAAGACUGCAAGUAAUAAAUCUUUCUUUUAAUAGAUUUAAAGUAUUUCCCAGCGUCCUGUAUCACAUCAUAGCACUGGAGACUAUCCUGCUCAGCAACAAUCAGGUUGGGUCCAUAGACCCUCUGCAGCUAAAGAAGAUGGACAAGCUUGGAACACUGGACCUUCAGAACAAUGACCUCCUCCAGGUGCCACCAGAACUUGGAAACUGUGAAACUCUGAGGACACUUAUGUUAGAAGGAAAUCCAUUCCGCACGCCCCGAGCAGCCAUUUUAGCAAAAGGAACAGCUGCAGUGCUGGAAUAUCUGAGAAGCCGCAUUCCUACUUGA